ACGGAGUAUUGUGCUCUCAAGGUUGGUCAGUGUUGCUCUUUAACAGUUCGUGUUCGCGUUGUUUACUAUUUUGUUUUCUUUUACUUCUUCAGUAGAUUUUUACUCUCGUGUUUUUCCGAACGUUUGUUAACAACCGCUCUUUAUUAUCGUUUGUUUUGUGGAUUUUAUUAUUCUUGGAUUUCCUCUAAACAAGGACCAGGAUGCUGCACUGAGAGUCUGCCUCCUCCUCACCACACCAGAGUGACGAUGGUUCGGGUCCGAGUGCUAAGGCUACUGACAGCCGCCGCUAUAAUGUGUGCAGCGCUGCCGUCGGUCUACACGGACGCCACAGACUCUAGGUUCAUCUCAUAUGAAGAUCUGAUGACGACGGCCUCCACGUUCUCAGACCCCGGAGUCACUGCCUACUCACAGCUGUUGUUCGACGUGGGCAGAGAUCAACUCAUCGUCGGUGCCAGGGACUCUCUGUACCGGCUGAAGCUACGAGAGUUGCAGAGGUUAGAGAGAGCUGUGUGGUUGGCACCUCCGGACAAAGUACAACUAUGUCAAGACAAGGGCCAGACCGAGUCAGACUGUCACAACUACAUCAAAGUUCUGCUCAGUAAUGGCAAGCGCCUGUUUAGCUGUGGAACUAAUGCCUUUACGCCACAAUGUUCCUGGAGAGAGAUGGAGGAUGUCAGCAGAGUUCUAGAGUGGGUACAAGGGGUUGCUAAAUGUCCCUACUCCCCCCACUCUAACAUCACUGCCCUCAUGACUCUAGAUGGCCAGUACUUUGCUGGUAGUCCGAUGGACUUUUCCGGCACCGACCACGCCAUCACCCGAGACCUGGGGGCUCCCUACCUCCGAACUAACCAGUACAACUCCAAGUGGCUCAACGAGCCGCAGUUUGUUGGCUCCUUUGAAACUGACGCAUUUGUUUAUUUUCUUUUCCGGGAGAGCGCAGUAGAAUACAUCAACUGUGGAAAGAAAAUUUAUUCAAGAAUUGCAAGGGUGUGCAAGAAUGACCAGGGAGGCCAGCUGAUGUUGAGAGACAACUGGACAACUUUCCUGAAGGCUAGACUGAACUGCUCCUUGUCUGGGGAAUAUCCAUUCUACUUUGAUGAGAUCCAAGGAAUGACAUAUUUGCCAGAUGAAGGUCUGGUAUAUGCAACUUUUACCACACCCAGAAACAGUAUCCCAGGAUCUGCGAUUUGCUCGUUCAACCUGACUGCAAUACAGACAGCAUUCAAUGGAGCCUUCAAGUACCAAGCAUCCACAGGUUCGGCUUGGGAACGUCACUCACCAUCCUCAUCUGGGUCCCGCCAGGCUCAGUGUCAGCAGACGACACAGUCAGUCCUGCAGUCCUCCAGGUAUCAGCUGAUGGACAGUGCAGUGCAGCCAACCUCACAAAUGCCGCUGUACACAUCACAGCUGGAGACCAUAACUCACAUCGCUGUUGAUGUCUUGCCUACCAAACUGCACAUGGCUGUGCAUGUACUCUACGUUGCUACUUCGGAUGGUUUGAUUAAGAAAAUAUCAGUCCUUUCUCGAACGCAUACAACAUGUGUUUUGGAAAUCUGGAGGCCAUUCCCAGUGGAUGUUAACAUUCCAAUUCUAACUCUACAAUAUUUGAAAGAAACGGAUUCUGUGUACGUGGGUACGCAGGAGCAACUGCUCCGUAUCCCGGCCCAGCACUGUAGCAGACACCAGACCAAGAUGGCGUGUGUCAACGCCAUGGACCCUUACUGCGGCUGGAGUGAACACAAGGAGAGAUGCAUGCCAGCUCCCAACAACGACCCUCUCGCUUCUACCUGGCACCAGGACGCCACACAGUGCCCCAUCCUCAACAUGCCUAUAUCUGGAGGCUGGUCUGCUUGGUCUUCAUGGAGUCCUUGUACUCACGCCACCUACAACGACUCAGCAGACGAGUGCCAGUGUUCCACACGCAGGUGUGACAACCCGGCCCCUAGCCACGGUGGAGACUCUUGUACCGGACCCAGCAUCAAAGUAGCCAACUGCACAGUCCACGGCGCUUGGAGCAGUUGGUCAGCCUGGUCAGCGUGUUCCCAGACCUGUGGUGUAGCUGUCAAGACUCGUCGUCGUACUUGCGGCAACCCUGCUCCUGCGUUCGGAGGCCGAGUCUGUGUUGGGAUGGAUAGACAUGAGAUGUAUUGCCAUUCAAACCCUCCCUGUCCUGCAGUGACAGUGCCAGUGAGAGAUGGCUCCUGGGGCAGCUGGAGUCCUUGGUCUGAGUGCUCAGUCAGGUGUGGGGGAGGGUUCCGCACCCGCACCCGUCGCUGUGACAACCCUCCCCCCCAGGCACCAGGGGGACUGGACUGUGUGGGCUGCUCGUUGGAUUUUGAGACGUGCAACACUGCAGCGUGUGUGGACAGCAAGCGACUGUCAUCUUGGACUUCAUGGGUACCAUCGGGCAACGGGACUGAGAGACGGUUUAGGUUCGCCUGUCGUGCACCGAGCCCUGACCCUAACCUUAUCAAGAUCACCCAGGCCAAAGAAGAGGAGAGAGUCUGUCAACCUGAUGGAGUGUGUAUGAGAACAGAUCGGUCUGAGGCGGAGGAGGUGUGGUCUGAUUGGUCGAGCUGGUCACCGUGUUCGGUGGAGUGUGGUGGGGGACAGCAGUACCGUGUACGUACAUGUGACGGCCGCCCAGAAGACUGCCAGGGACUGUCCAAGAUGGCUCGCACUUGCAACACCCACAGCUGCAAAGGGGAGUGGAGUUGCUGGACAGACUGGUCGGAGUGUUCAGUGUCAUGUGGUGUUGGCUACAAGCAGCGCUCUCGUACUUGUGUGGUUGUCAACAACAGAGCUGUAGAAGGCAGUGGCUGUGAAGGAUCAGCCAUCAGUCAGGAGCCUUGCGAGAUGCCCACCUGUCAAUCGUUGCUAGGGUGGGCCAUGUGGACUGAUUGGUCGCCCUGUGACAGUUCUGGGCAACAACAUCGGACAAGAGACUGCCUCACUUCCAACCCUGGACCUGACCUCUGUCAAGGUCAACACCGAGAGUCACGCAUUUGUCUCCAGCAUCCCUAUGCAGACAAUGAGAUUACUGCAGAGAUGGCCUUGGACCGGGCGAGUGCAGGAGUGUCGUUUGGUUCAGUGUUUGGCCUCUGUCUGCUGGCUUUUGUGGUGGGCGCCGCAGCUGCUGUAGGUCUAGGCUACCUCUACCUCCAGCGACGCAGACCUCGCAUUCCCAGCAGUCCUCACUUCAUCUCCUCCAAACAGAACUCUUACGUAACCGUACCACUCAAAGAGAUGCACUCACCUAAGCGGACACCUUCGUUCUCCGCCAAGAAUGCCUCCUUGUCCAACGGUACUCCCAAACUGUUUGCCAAACUACCUGUUGACUAUGAGACGGCGACGAUAAAAAGGAACAGUCAUAGUUUAGCUAACGGCCACAUACGAGCCGAUCUCGAGCAAGAUAAGUUUUUCUAGCUGUUAAGACUGAAUGAUUCUUGGAGUGAAUUAUAAAAUUAAAGUGAGUCGUCGAAUGAACUUUGAGUGCAAAAAAGACUUUGAUGGUGCUAGUCAUAAAGCAUUCAUAGUUUGUGUGAUACGGACUGAUUACAAAUAAUAUUAUAUGUAACUUUAUACAUAUCUUGGUGCUUUUAAAUGUUUAAUAAUUUGUAUAUAAUUAUUUUUCCACUUUUAUACAAAUGUAAAUAAUUCAAGAACUGUUUUGUUUAGGAUUGUUAACUUAGAGUAUUAUUUAAAAGAAUGUUUUAUGUUUUAUUUAUUUUGAUUAUUAAAGCUAGGCUAUACAUUUGUAGUUUAAUUGACUGUAGUAAAAUUAUUUCAACAAAUGAAGACACAUACUUUAUAGAACCUUAAUUAUAGCAUUGUAAAAUUUGGAAAUUGACAGUAAUACUAAAUUGUUAUUGCAAUACUAACUAACAUAUUGGUUAUUUAUUAAUCACAUUGUUUUGAUCAGUUUAAUAGAAAUCUUGAAAUGUCCAAGUGACUAAGCAUGACUUGAAAAUUUAAUAAUGUUAUAUUAAACAGUAGGCCUAUUAAUCUUAGACUAUUUAAAGUAUAUUUUAAAAUCAAUAAUCAAUAAUCAAAAUACCAAUACCAGUAACGCAAACUUUUUGUUAAAAAUAUAAGCACUCUUUUCUUUGCCACACUUAUUCUUAGUAAAACUAUAAUUUCAUAUAAUGGGGCCUUAGAAAUUGUACUCUCAAAAUAGACGUUUCUUGUAUUUGUUUUGUUUAUCUCCCCUAAGGCCGGGGCCACACUUGUAAUUUCUAACCAGCGAGAUUGGUUUUUCCGUUUUCACGUGCGACGCACGUGGAACAGUUUGACCGUGGCCACACUCAUCUUACGAGAUAGAUUUUUCGGGCUAACCAGUGAAACUGAUAGAGCAUGCCACACUGGCAAUAAAAAUCGUCCGUGUCCGUGUUCCGCCUCCCCCCCCUCCACGUACUAAAUCAGUCAGGUUAAAACUAGAAACGUCCGUGGAAAAAAUUCAGCGAGAUAAGAUGAGUGCUUGUUCACUCCCAUAAGCCGUAAUGCCCCGCGACUAGUUUUACGUGCAACGCCCGUGUUAGUAGAGAAUACACGUGCAAUUCCGACAAACGCGUUCACGGACGUUUUUACUCUAGUGUGGCCUGCCCCAUAUAUCGUAAUGUAUCUCUCAAACCCACGGGUAACGCCCAUGGAAAAAAUUCAGCGAGAUAAGAUAAGUGUGGCCCCGGCCUAAGUCAGUAUAAAAAUAAUUUGUUCAACAGUUUCCUGCCUGGAAAAACUAGCGAUUUCAGGGUUUUCCCGCUAAACUACUUGUCUAAAUAUUAACAUAACUAAACAAUAGAUUUGCAAUAGUAUUUGUUAAUAGCACAAUAAUAAGGAUGACUUUUUAGUCCUUAGCACUUAUUUACAAACACUAUUGUGCCAAACAGUGUGUUUUAACAACGUCCAACCACCUUUCAGAAAGCCUAAAAUGUAAUUUUGUAAUUUAUUUAACACGUUUCAAAUAUCUUUUAUCACACACAUUUUUUAUUGGGCAGCAUCUGAGAUGGUACAGCAUUGCUAAUAUAAAAUAUUUUGAUGAUUUGUGUUCUCCAGAGAUGGUUAAUUUAUUUUCUUUUACCUUAAAGUGUUACUAUAACUUUACAGUUUGCAUUUAGUUAAUUUAGCUACUAAAUUCAUGUCUACCUAAAAUAAAACAAAAGUAAUCAGGAUUCUAGCAAUACAGUACAAUAUAAACAAUACAAUAUUCUUUAUUGUUCAUUCGUUAAGAAUUACAAUAGUGUCAAUACAAUAGUGAAUUGUAAGUGUUAAUUUCCAUAGUUUUCAUAAAAUUCCUUUAUUGAGUAGAAGGGUCUUGCGAUUAGCCACUUCUUCAACUCCUGGUGUAGCCUGUUGCCAGUCAGGUCUCUCAGGUAGUCAGGUAGAUGGUUCCUCAGUUUGCAGCCGGUGUGACAUGUGUCAGUACAUGUGUUCCAGUCCCUUCACUCCCAAUCACUCCAUGCUAUUGUGAUAAUACGUCUCAAUGACUACGCAUUUACUUACACCUGAAUUAUUCUAGGUAGACAUGAUCAAAGCAAUUAAUUACUUAGAUAAAGCUAUUAACCAAAAAUAAAUAUUGACAAUAAGACUUAACAGUGUAGGGAUAUUACUAAUCAGAUAGUUCUUUGUAAAAACCGAUUGUAUCUGUAUAUAUGUAUCAUCAAAGCUUUUGUAAAUUUUUAUUCUGUACAUUAUUGUAUAUUGGGGUAAAGUUUACCCGAAUGUUGUUCUGUGAUUCGAAGAAUAUUUUGUCACAAUGAUGGAUUACCUGUAGAUAGACAUUUUUAUUUGAUCGUUACACAGCUUGUAAUAAUUUUUAACAUUUCCAGUUUCAAAGUUGUGUAAAUAAAGAAUUCAUAGACUAGUCGAUUAUUUGAAAACUGUGAGUUGACCUAUGAAACAAUAAUGUUGUUCAUGAUUUUGGUCUUUGAUUAUGCAUAACCUUCUCUUUAAUUAUAAUACUUGUUUGAAAUUAAUAACUUUCAAAAUUAUUUCCUUACAAAAUAAUUUUGUAAGGAACGUCUUGUUUUACCCAGUAGUUGAUUUAAGUAGUUGGUGUAGGCAUACUCUCCUACUAGGCUGUCUUUAUUUAUUAUGAAAUAAAUUAUUAACUUGCCAUUUUAUUGGAAUAGUAAAUUUUUAUUCUUAUUCAUAUUUUACUGACAAUAAUUUAGCCAAACAAACAGAAAAUUAUUCACAUUUUUAAAACACACACAAGAAAUAAAAUAAUUUGAAGGAUUCACAACUACCGAAACUUGCAGCCUUCUUAGCUUGUUAAAUCCUCUACUGGUUACUGAAUAAUUUGAUCAUCCAAUGCUCACAAAACAUACCUUAUAUGAUUAGAUAAAAAGCUCUUUGCAAAUGUAUUAAAAACUACAAUUAGUCUUUCUGGAAAACGUUCUAUUGAUACAUUUCUGGGAUAAAAAAUCAUUUUAUGUUAUGUCUUUUUCCAAGUACAAACUUGUAAAAGUGCCAUUAUUUUACAAUUAAAACCAUUGUUGUAAGUGUUAUGUUUAUGUAGAUUUUAGCCAUGCAAUAAAAUGUUAUCCUCUCAUGUUUGGGGUAUUUAUAUAUUUUUACUCAUAUUGAGUUUUAUAUAAAGAUUACAGAUGCUAAGUAUAAUAAUUUUAUAUAUUGUAAAUAUCAAUAUUUUUUAAUAAAAUGUCAUUAGAAAUAAUA